GAGUGGUAAUCUUGUAGAUGUUGUAGUGUCAAUAAUGGGUUGUAGAUCUCCUGAUGAUCUUCGUAGGGGAUUACAAGAAAGAGAUCGACAAACAGUAGAAAGAGCAAUAAAAAACCUUAAAAUUCGUGUCAUUCAUCGUGGUGAUGCUCCUGCAUCAAGGCGAAAAUACAAAAUUAUGAAGCUUACAAAUACGCCAGCAUCACAUACACGAUUUGACAUCGAAGGAACUACACAAGAUGUCGCUACUUACUUUCAACAACAAUAUCGGAAACGAUUAAACUUCCCUUUUCUUCCCUGUGUUGUUGUGAGAAAGGAUGUUUUCUUUCCUAUGGAAGUUUGUGAGAUUAUAGAAGGGCAACGUCACAUAAGAAAACUUAAUGAAAGACAAACUGCAGACAUGAUUAAAUUUACGUGCCAAAAUCCAAAUGUUCGUGCUAAUAAAAUAAGGCAGGGUCUCAAUAUCCUUGAUUACCGAAGGAACGAAUAUUUGCAACAGUUUGGCAUGCAAGUUCCAGCCAGAAUUUUACCCCCUCCUAGAAUUGAGUACCACCCAUCAUCUCGUGAUGCUAUUUUCGCGCCAAAAGAUGGCGCCUGGAAUUUAAGAGAUAAGAGAGUAGCUACUGGUGCUACUCUCGGAUCAUGGUCUGUUGUUGUAUUUGGCCCUGAAACCCA